UGAGAGUCAUUGCCGAGCAGAAGCGUCUGGUCCGAGUCCCUGGUUCCGUACCGGUAUAAAUGAAUCAGGAGCGUAGCAGUUUCACUGAAACUACUAUCAUAGUAUGGGCUUGCUUCACUCAUUUAUCAAACAAAGUUGGCCACCUUCGAGUCGGUUUUCCGUCGAUGACAUCCCCGAUUUGUCGGGGAAAGUCAUUAUCGUGACUGGUGGAAACGCAGGAAUAGGGUAUGAGACGGCAAAGGCUCUUUUGACACGGAACGCACGAGUAUAUAUCGCUUGUCGGUCCCCGGAGAAGGCGAAGAAAGCUAUUGAUCAUUUGCGUGCAGAGUGCGGCGGGAAGGAAGCAUUAUUUCUACCGUUGGACCUUGCGAGCCUCAAGGCAGUCAAAGCUUACGCAGAGGAAUUUUUGAAGAAUGAAAAGGAGCUGCAUGUUCUUUUCAAUAACGCGGGUAUAAUGGAUCCUCCCGUGGAUCAGCUAACGAAAGAUGGAUACGACUUGACGAUAGGCAUCAAUCUUCUUGGACAUUUCUAUCUCACUAAGCUUCUCCUCCCGGCCCUUGAAGCAGGCGCGCAGACCUCCUCAGAUGGGAAGGCCCGAGUCGUAAACACCUCCUCAUUUGCCUACGAACUUUGUUCAAACUUGGAUUACGAUCUCUUUCGUGAUGGUCCUGCUCGCAAGAAAGCUGUCUCUACUACGGAGAAAAUGUACUACCAGAGUAAAUUCGGUAAUGUUGUUUUUUCAGCCGAACUUGCGCGCCGGUACGGAGCAGAAGGGAUUGUCUCUACUAGCGUGCAUCCUGGAAAGUAUUAUCCGUGCCCACAACCUGUACAAAUGUGGAGUUACAAGUUUCUUGAUUGUACGUUCAUCCUGUCCUCUGCGCCGCAGAGUAUUUACUCAAGGAAUCCCUUACAGGGUCGUCUUUCGUACCCUGCAUCACAGGGUGCUUUGACUCAGCUAUACGCCGGUACAACGGCUGAAGGCGCCAACUUGAAUGGCAAGGUACGUUGAGUCUACAGGUUUACUGAGAAAGAGUCGAUAGCCGACGUCUUUAUUAGCAUCUUAUACCGUGGGCCCGAGUCAACUCGCCUUCUCCUGCUUCACAGGAUCCUGAGAUCGGGAAAACUUUAUGGGGUUGGCUGGAAGAGCAGGUUCAGAAUGUAUG